UUUGUGGAGCCUACAAGAGCCCAGUAAUGCACAAAGAACUUUCUUGAGGUUUUGCAAGGAGUUUACCUACAGGACUGGUGGACACAGUCAUUUUUAAAAACUCUAGACACUUGACUGUAUUUAGGUUUAGCUGCUUUCUGGGACAGUUGUGGAGUUCUGGAUAGAGUUGAGAGGGAAGAUCUGGAUAUCAGCAAGAACCCGUCCUGAGCUUUGUUUUGGCUUUUCUGAUUAUUGGACGUGUGGACGCGGCGGACAAUGUCCAGUGAAGGUGAUGCUGGAGGUCAUGGAUCCACAACAACAAUCAGCACUGUGGCCAUACAGGCUGGCAACUCUCAGAUUGUUGUAGCAGUGCUCAAGUGUGGGGAACUGGUGAAGCUACAACUAACUGAAGCACAACCCAACCUCCUGGAGAUCGGAAACAACCAGGAUGAGACCAAACUGCUUCUUGAGGAACAUGAGCAGCUUCUAACCAAUCUUAAGAAAAAUGAAGGAGGUGUGUGGGCUUUGCUGGAAGAGGCUGAUAAAACAGCCGAGGAGAAGAAGGCGGAGGAGCAGGUAUACGAGGCCAUGGCUGUCUCUCUCAGCAAGGCUUGGAAGACUCUGGUGACCCACCUGGAGAAGAGAAAAUCUCUCCUGAUUUUGGCUUGCCAUUUCUUCGAGUGUGCUCUGGAGUUUGCCAUCAAAAUAGAUGAAGCUGAGGACUUUCAGAGUGUUGGCCAGGAGCUGACCUCUGCAAACUGCAUGAAUGAACUGCUUCAGAGACACAGCACUAUUAGAAGAGGGAUGUUGGAGAAGUCAAUGCUGGUGUUGAAUAAAAGUCGUGAGUUUCUGGAGUUUUUAAAGGACUUCCAGUCUGAGCAGGCCCUGCAGCAUGGCAGAGCUCCUCAUGGGGCCUGGAGCAGCUGUGGUAAGGUUGAGGGUUUAAUGGAGAUUCUGCAGGACAGACGCAGACAAGUGGACCUCUGCAUGAGACGACAACAGCAUGAGCUGGAAAUGAUCCACCACAUUUGCCAAUGGGUACAACAGGAACAGGAAGUAACAGGAUGGUUUAAGGAAAAUACUACUUUGUUCUUGGCAAACAAUCAGCUGGGUUCAUCACUGUCUGAAAAUGAAGAUUUACUGCAAGAAUUUAAAGAGUUUGAAUUGAAAGCCAAGGACUGGGAUGUGCUGGUUGAGAGGUUACUACAGCAGGCUUCUGAGCUGCUGUCCUCAAAUGACUGCCCAGAGCUUCAGCACUUGUCUGAGAAGAGUGAAAAACUCAAAGCCACGCAUGAGCAGUUUUGGAGUCUGAUGAUGAAUCGGCUGGCUCAUCUGCUGGAGAGCAAUGCCUUUUACAGCAGUGCUAAUAAAGUACGUAACACAGAAGCUCUUCACUUGCUGUGAAUAAGAUGAUAGCUGUGAAUAACUGCAAUGCUUGAAACCUCAAAGUACUUCUCUCCUGGUAAACACUUCAGAGGCAGUAUUUCUUCAGACUGCACUAGUAGUAACUUUGAUGUGUCUGUGUGUGUGUGUGUGUGUGUGUGUGUGUGUGUGUGUGUGUGUGUGUGUGUGUGUGUGUGUGUGUGUGUGUGUGUGUGUGUGUGUGUGUGUGUGUGUGUGUGUGUGGAGGCACUACCCCCUAGCGGAUGAGUGUGGUGCUUAUAAGAAUGGGGAUUUCUAGCAAGACAAUUUCACAAGUGAUUACUACUAUAGAGAGCAUGGUGGCAAUGGUUGAUAUAAUGCUGAUGUAUAAUACAAUUUAAUGGCAGUAAAUGAGACGUAAAUAAAAUUGCUAAAGUGAAAUGAACCUUUAUUCUAAAUAAUAGUUGCUCAUAAAAGUUCACGAAAAAAAGAACGAAAAAAUAAAUGGUUUAUCAUCUAUCGACAAGGCUGUGGGUAGAUUUGGUGGAAAUGACACUGGG